AUGGCAUCUUCCGACGGCACAAUGGAGAACCGGAAUGGACGAGAGACGGCGUCUGUGAACGGGGAGCCGGUGGUGAAGCGGCCCCGGGAGAGUGCCUCUCACUCGGCUCUUCGCACACUCAAAGAGCCGCACAACAAAGUGACCGUGGUGCUCGGAGCCCAGUGGGGAGACGAGGGCAAGGGGAAAGUAGUGGACCUGCUCGCUAUGGACGCGGAUAUUGUGUGCAGGUGUCAGGGAGGCAACAAUGCGGGUCAUACAGUUGUUGUGGACUCUGUGGAGUAUGACUUCCACCUGCUGCCCAGUGGAGUGCUCAAUAAAAAGGCAGUCUCUUUUAUUGGCAAUGGGGUAGUUAUUCACCUGCCAGGUCUGUUUGAGGAGGCAGAGAAGAACCUGCAAAAGGGCAAAGGAUUACAGGGAUGGGAAGAGAGGCUGAAAAUCUCUGAUCGUGCGCACAUUGUGUUCAACUUUCAUCAAGCUGUUGAUGGUAUCCAGGAGCAGCAACGGCAGCAACAAGAAGGGAAAAAUCUUGGAACCACUAAGAAGGGCAUCGGUCCUGCCUACUCCUCCAAAGCGGCUCGCAAUGGGCUCAGAGUUUGUGACCUUGUAUCAGACUUUAAGACUUUUGAGGAAAAGUUUCGGAUGCUGGCAGAACAUUUCCUGACGAUGUAUCCAAACCUCAAUGUUGACAUUGAGGCUGAACUUCAGCAGCUGAAGAAAUAUGCUGAGAGACUGCGCCCCCUUGUGACUGAUGGUGUGUAUUUCAUGCACGAAGCUCUCACUGGGCCCAGCAAGAAGAUUCUAGUGGAAGGAGCUAAUGCAGCUUUGUUGGAUAUUGACUUUGGCACGUAUCCCUUUGUGACGUCGUCAAACUGCACUGUUGGAGGGGUCUGCACUGGGCUGGGUGUUCCCCCUUCACAUGUGGGUCGGGUGUAUGGUGUUGUCAAAGCUUAUACCACCCGAGUGGGAGUGGGGGCUUUUCCAACUGAGCUUACUAAUGACAUCGGAGACCUCUUACAGUCUAGAGGCAGGGAGAUCGGUGUGACAACUGGCAGAAGGCGGCGCUGUGGAUGGCUGGACCUUAUAUUAGUCAGAUAUGCCCACAUGGUCAAUGGAUUUUCCGCAAUUGCACUGACCAAGUUGGACAUUUUGGACACAUUACCCGAGAUCAAAGUGGGUGUGGCCUACAAUGUUGAUGGAAAGCCUCUUCCCAGUUUUCCCGCCAACAUGGAUGUGUUGAACAAAGUAGAAGUGGAGUUCAAAAGCUUGCCCGGCUGGUGCUGCAACACAGAGGCAGCACGGAGCUUUGACGACCUGCCAACACAGGCACAAGAUUACAUUCAUUUCAUUGAGGACUUCCUGCAAGUGCCAGUCAAAUGGGUUGGAGUUGGAAAGUCCAGGGAAAGCAUCAUAAAACUCUUCUGA